UUAAGUAAAUGGCAACAACACAGGCUUGCUGUCUCUUGUGAAACAAAUGCAGCUGCAAAAGACAGAAGUGAAGGUUUGAAAUGCAAACAAAAGAAGAAAGACCACACUGKGAACUUGUCACAUAUAUUGUGGGACAAAGAUGCGAUGAAAGCAGAGGUGGAAGGAUAUGAAGACAACCAUCUCAUUAACUACUCAGAACUGGCAUCCAGAUAUAACAUCAUCAACAAGUCUGGCCAACUGCCAAGUAAUGCUGGCCAAAUAGUCAAAGGAUGGCUCAUUUCAGAAGGUGUUGAUGUACAACGCUUCAGGUCAAAACGAACAAUUAGUGUGGACACACAGGUAAUCAGAAGGAAAAAGAGGAGAGGUGCUGGAGGAGAAAUUACAGUACCAACUGAGAUCAGCAUUGAAGAAUUAAAAAGAAAAUUGACAGACAAAUUAGAAUCCAAGGAGUACACAAUAGGAGAGAUGAUUGUCCCUAAAAAGUAUGAAAAGCUUGUGCUUACCAAUGAUAUUGAGAUCAAGAAAGUUGAAAUCACCACGCAUGGAAGGAAGGCACCUUUAAAAGAAAUAAGAGAGAACAUGUUAAAAAAACAUAGCAAAUACCUAAGAGCAACAAGGGAUCAACAAAUAGAUGAAAUGGAUGACGAGCUCAUACAGGCUGAACUUGAAAGGCUUAAUGAGUUAACUCAUGAUAUAAACACCAAUGAUAGUGGGGCAAUGAGGAAGAAGCUGAAGNUGAAAACAUAG